AUGGCUUCGAAUCGAAGGUCUCAUAAACCUGAUAGAAACUGCCCAGACGAUACUAAGGAAAUCAAGCAAGAAAUCCCUCGCUUGACCGUGCCCCAGACCCUCGCUGCUGCUACCAUGGAUGCCACCGAGCCCGACACCGCAGCCCCUGUGGACCCUACUAUGGACUAUGGGGAGCAAACUGCCAAGCCUGCUACCGAGCCCAAAAGUGAGGGUAUAGACAACAUCACUGCUAAAAGGCGCACUGGUGAUACCACAGUCAACCACACCGGUGAUAACACCAGUGACAACAUUAUCACCGUCACUAAUACCGGAGCAAAUCCCAUUACCAUCAGCAGCACAGUCAAUAUUACAGUCAGCAGCACCAAGAAGGGAGCCCAGCCGUCCGCCUCAGGCAACGACAGAAGCAGCUCUGCAACGGGAUACAACAACCAGCGCGAUUACAUUGUGCCUCGUACCGCGAAUGAUCAUGACGUGUCGAACAAUCCAGAGCCAGCUCCCACGCAAGCCUGGAUGCAACGGAUUGAACAGCAGGUCGGCAUGCAUAUGGAGCGCCAGACCCAACGAAUGCUUAGGGAUGUUUAG